CGCACCUCUUUCCAAUAGCGCCCAAACACCCUGUUCUCCCCGAGUCUUUUCUUUAAUUAUAGAAUAUUCUUUUUCGAUCUGUCUCGCAAAUCGUCCUAUCAUUCGGCAUCGUCCGGCCCCCAUCUGCCAUCGACGGACCAUCAAGCCCCCGUCCGAUAUCUGCACAGCCAUGGCAACCGUCCAUCGAGCCCUCCGCCCGGCGACCCGGGGAUGCGCCCUCCUCCGCCCGGCGGCGGCGAGCCUGCACGCCAGCCUGUCCAACCGCGCCCUCCCGCGGCGGCCCAACAGCUCCGCAGCCCCGCGCGACCUCGAGGUCGGCGAGCUGCAGGGUGCAAAGUUCAAGAUCGAGCCGCUUCGCCGGACGGGCGAGGACCCUGCCACGAUGCGCGCGAGGUUGUUAUACCAGUGCCGCAAGCGCGGAACCCUCGAGUCGGACCUCCUCCUAAGCACCUUCGCCGCCGCGCACCUGCAGUCCAUGUCCCCCGCCCAGCUGGUGCAGCUGGACCUGUUCCUCGACGAGAACGACUGGGACAUCUACUACUGGGCGACGCAGGAACCGCCUAGCUCGGAGGCCGAGGAGGCGGCGCUGCUGAAGCAGCAGCAGCAACCGCAGGAGGUUGGCCCGGCGCCAGGCGAGUGGGCGCAGACGGUCGGCGCCUUCAAGCCCGCGUAUAGGCCCGUGCCGGCGCGGUGGCGGGACAGCGAGGUUCUGGAGAUGCUGAGGGAGCACGUGCGGCAGAACGGGCUGGGGAAGGGGGGCAUGGCGUUCAUGCCCAGCCUGGAUGGGAGGCCGAGAUGAGAGGGAGUCUGAUGUCCUGUUACGAUAGAUCAUGUAAGGAUAUACGGAUUGGGGAAGACGAGUAUUGCGCGAAUGGGGGAGGGGGGAGAGCCUGGACAUAUACCCACCCCCUUUUUGUGUCCCCGAGAGAGAGAGGCUCGAUCUAGAGGAGCCGGAACAAUUUGCGAUUGACAAAUAGGCUUUACAAGGGUCUCCCUCGACCCGACUAUGGACAACAACUAGGUAGGUUUGUAGGAAACUCCCAUCUCCAACAGUCUCCUCGUUCCGCAAAACGGACACCUUCCAAUCUCGUUCUACACACGCAAGCCCGGUUGAGAAUCGCUCGAGAUUAAUUCGCUCCCAGAACGCCCAGCACACCCAAACCCCUCCAAUUUCUCUCGUCUCAAAUCAUCAUGUCGUAGGAAGAGCAAACUCCCACAAUUCCCAACCCAAAGACCCCCCUCCCUAUGC